GUCUCACUGACGCGCUCCACAGCAACCUCGCGCAGGCUGGUUCCACUUUUCCUCCGUGUCCGCGGGAGCUCUCCGGCGUGGAUCGCAGUGGAUACGUCCGUCCUCCUUCCAUGGAUCUCGUACUGCUUUGGCGUCGCUGAUCAUCCACUUUGAACUCUUUGCGCCCCAGUGUUUGCGCGCCCUAUAUUUCGGGGAGGCGUCCUCCUGCGGCUAAUUUCUCUGGGAUAUUCAUCGCUGACUAUAUUUUUUUUCCCAAACCCUUCGCCCAAAUGACUGAGCUCGGGUCCAGACGGAGACGUGGCUCCCCACUCGGGAAGACCUGCGGCUAAAGUUUGAGAGGCGCAGGAUUUGCUCCGGGCGGUGCGUCUCUGGUGGAUUUGCCAAAACAACAAUAAACACUGGAUACCUUUUGCGUCUUCGGAUUUGGAUUUAUACAGCUUCUAAUUUCACUUCUACUCAAACCAUGAAGACCGCAAUUAUUGAUGGGGGGCGACUCCUGCUUCUGGUGAUGUGGCUGAACCUUGUGCCUCAAACUGACAGCUGCCCAGCCAAGUGUGUGUGCUUCAGUGAGCCAAGACCCACCGUGGCCUGCCAACAACAAGGACUGUUUUCCAUCCCCACUGAGAUCCCGGUGCGGAGCCAGAGGAUAUUCCUCCAGAGCAACAAGCUCACGGUGGUCAGGUCCACCAGCUUCAGUUCCUGCCACAAUCUCACCGUUCUCUGGCUGUAUUCGAACAAUUUGAGCCACAUUGAGGCAGGGGCCUUUUUCGGCUUGGACAAACUGGAGGAGCUGGACAUUGGGGACAACAGCAACCUCCGCAUCAUCAGCCCGACGGCCUUCCGGGGCCUUACUAAGCUGCACACCCUCCACCUGCACAGGUGCGGGUUGUCAGAGUUGCCUGUUGGCGUUUUUCGAGGAAUGUUCUCCCUACAAUACCUUUACUUACAGGACAAUAACAUUCUAACGCUGUACGAUGACACCUUUCUGGACCUUGCCAACCUCACCUAUCUCUACCUACACAACAACAAAAUCAAGAUAGUGACCGACAACAUGUUCCGGGGAUUGAUCAAUUUGGAUCGGCUGCUGCUCCACCAAAACCGUGUUGUGUAUGUCCAACCCAGGGCGUUUAAUGACCUUGGGAAGCUGAAGUCUUUAUUUCUGUUUUUCAACAACCUGACCGUCUUGACUGGGGAAACCAUGGACCCGCUUGCAUCACUGCAGUAUUUGCGACUAAAUGGAAACCAGUGGAUCUGUGACUGCCGUGCAAGGACCUUGUGGGAGUGGUUCAAGCGUUUCAAAGGUUCGAGCUCUGAGUUAGAGUGCAACGUUCCUGAGUUCCUGCUCGGCAAGGACCUGAAGAGGCUAAAAAGUGAAGAUUUGGAAGGAUGCGUGGAAACCCCCCAAAUCCAGACAAGUCUUUUCAGCUCUAAAGGACAAUCCGGCAAAUUCCUCUCCACUGAAAACCCUCUGGGUGACACCCUUCCCCGCUGUUGUCUUGGCGAUAACGACAAGUCUUCUAUUCUCUCCGGUAAAAGUCGCCAAAUCACCAACAACCCCCUUAAAGAAAAAGAGAACAUGUCCAAGACCAAAUACAAAGAGAUGGACAGAAUGAAAAACGAGACCCAAAACAAGCAGAACGAUGGACCUCUUGGAACCUUAUCCAACACCUUGGACAAGUCCAUGGAGAAUUUAAACCCAGACCUCAUAGACAAUCUGGAGUCGUCGACAGCAACAAACAAAAAGAAAAAGAAGUGCUCCAAGAAGCCAAGAUCGGAUUCCCACUGUAUUAGAGGUCACGGAUCUAAUGUGCGAUCGCUGCCAUUUGUCGUCAUUCCAAUGAUCUGGAUAUCUUUAGCCAUGUCUUAGGACUUCUGAUCUCCUCGAUGAACACUUGAGAUUGGUGAUGCUCAUGACAAUUUUAACUGAAGAUGCUCUGGCAUCGUCACCGGACAGUGACUGGAGGGGCGGUCACGUUGACCUCACACGGUUAAAGCUGGACAAAUCAGAGGAAGACAGAGUACAAUUUACAAAAUGGAUGCCUUUACAGAACACUACAGAGUUAAUGUAAAUAAUGAAUCGGUGCCCAAAUUGUUUGUUCUCUAUGUACUUUAUUGUACGUUGUCUGAAGUACACUUUGGAGAUUCCAUUGCCCCCGCCCACUCUGAAGAGUUUGCUGCUCAGACGAACCAACAGAAAACAAAAAAAGGAGGAAGAAAAAAAACAAAACAUUGGGAAGAAAUGGACUGACAGAUCGUACAGAAAGAAUGUUUCAUAAGGACAAAUGAUCUCCGCUCAUUAUUUAUUGAAAGUGAUGCAUUUGUUGGGUACAUUUAUGUUUUUUAUGUUUAUUACCUGCCACAGUUUUAGUUCUAUUUUCAUGAGAAAAGGGAUAAAAUGGUAGCCAAAAGGACGCUGUCAUUUGUUUAAAUGGAACUAUAGAUAUGCAUUUUAUUUUACUUGUGUAAAAGUAUGA